GAAGAAGCUGAACCUCACGUCCUGUAGAUGUAACGUUAGCGAGAAACGGGAUAAGCAUCUAGCUUUAAUAACGAAAGAACCUACUAGGUUUAGCUGCAUAGGAGGUUAGUUUGUGGAGAGCAUGGUGCAGCUGCACGUGAAGCGCGGAGAUGAGAGCCAGUUUCUGUUCAACGCCACGACAGACGCUCCUCUGGAGGCGGUGACCCAACAAAUUACAGCCAUUUACAACGGGAGGCUCAAAGUGGACCGAAUCUGUUCAGAGAUCCCAGAGCUUGCAGAUCAUGGUGUCACACUUCCACCCAACAUGCAGGGGCUGACGGAGGAGCAGGUUGUGGAACUGAAACUGAAGGAUGAAUGGGAAGACCGGUGUAUUCCUAGUGGCGGGUCGGUAUUUAAAAAGGACGACAUCGGAAGGAGGAAUGGACAUGCCCCUAAUGAUAAAAUGAAGGAGGUGUUGAUGAGGACUGUGGAGGAGGCAAAGGCGCUCAUCUCCAAGAAACAAGUUCAAGCUAAUGUUUGUGUCACCACGGAAAUGGUAAAGGAAGCCCUGGAUCAGCUAAGGGGCGCAGUGAUGAUUGUGUACCCCAUGGGACUUCCUCCUCAUGACCCUAUAAGGAUGGAGUUUGACAACCAGGAAGAGCUCUCGGGGACACAGGCGUCUCUCCAGGUGAUGUCCGAGGAUGAAUGCCAGCUGUGGUGGGCUGGUAAAGAGAUGCAGAGAGGCAAAAAGCUGCAGGACUAUAUUGGCAAAAAUGAAAAGACAAAACUUGUGGUCAAAAUCGUAAAGAAAGGACAGGGGGCACCAGCGAGAGAGCCUCUGGUCACUGACGAGCAGCAGAAACAGAUGAUGCUGCAUCAUUACAGAAGGCAGGAAGAACUUAAGAAACUGGAGGAGGCAGAUGAUGACAGCUACCUGGACUCAGAGUGGUCUGACAGACAGGCCCUCAAACGACAGUUCCAGGGACUUACCAACAUCAAAUGGGGGCCGAAAUGACGUUCAAAUUUAUUCUCUGCACCUCUGCUAGAGAAGUACGUUAACAGCUCCGAAUGCAGUUGAU